AUGUCCAAAAAGAAAGGCUCGAAACAGCAACUUGCCAACAACGGCGACCAGGUGCCUGGACCAAAGAACGAUCCUUCCUCUGGACACAAUAACAUGCUACCUCAAGGGCCAAAGAACAUUCCACCUGCUGGCCCAAAGAACAAUCAAAGCUUUGGACCAAGAGACAAUCAACCCUUUAGACCACAGAACAACCAGCCUUUCAGGCCACAGAAAAAUCUACCUUUCAGGCCACAAAACAAUCAGCCUUUCAGACCGCAUAACAACCAAAACUUCGGGUCGAACGGUCAUCAAGGCUUCCAUCCAAACAGCCAGCCAUUUAGACCAAGGAACAACCAGUCUUUCGACUCGAAGGCUAAUAACAACAAUAAUUGGCAGAAGCCGGAUCCCGCUGCUAUCAACAAGCUUGUCCAAGCACAUCAAUUGAAAGCAACACACGAUUCACAACAGGCUAGUGUGGUAUCUCCAAAUCUUCAACAUGCUGAGGGAGGUGCGACCCAAGAUGUGACAACAGAUCUUGCUCAAGAAAGAUCAGCAUCAGCUGAAGGAGAGCAAGCGCAAGAACUUCCUGCAGAGACUCCCUCGACUACGGUAGACAGUUCCGCCCCUAUGGCUGCUAACAAGCCUCCGGUCCCCGUCGCACCGGUCGUGGCUUCCAGUGACAAGGUUGAGAGGAAACGCCAGAUUGGCAUCAAUAAUACACAAUCUGGCAACGCAUCAUCAGCUCAACUUCUUUACGCCAUGUGGGAAGCCCAGCUGACAGAGCUGAANGAAAAAUGGCUACACCAAAUGAAGGACGACUUCCAAAAUUUGUUAGGUCCUUUCGAGCCCUUGCAAGACCAUAUGCCCAUUUCAAAAGAUUUGGACAUCGAUCUCGACUAUCAGCAAUGGGAGUCUGCCUACAGAAAGGAGAACGGCCUAUCCGGAUUGAACCUUUCCACCAACACCAUCACGCUAGAAGAAGCUCAGGAUGCAUUNGAAAAGCUUCAAGCUGAGAAAGCGGCAAAGAAACAGAUGUAUAAUGUUCUGCAGAUGUAUGCUCGUGCAGAGGCUUUGUUCUUAGAAGAUACUCGAGCCAAGUUUGCAGACUUUGANUCGCGUACAUUGGCACUGCAUGAUGGGUUCGUGCAGAAUGAGGCGGCACUGAAGGAACGUGUUACUAGAUUCAUGGAUGCUUGA